AUGAAGCGCGACAGCACGACGGAUGUUCCGGAGCAAUGGCCGGCCUCUAGAGAGGGGAAGGACGAGGAGAUUGGCGAGAUCAGAGUCCUAGACGAUGGCACCCGCAACCUGGUUGGUGCCCAGGACCAGCUUGAGCGAGGCCUCAAGAGCCGGCAUAUCCAGUUCCUGGCCCUUGGUGGAGCUAUCGGGACUGGUCUUUUUAUCGGAUCUGGAGCAAUUCUUCAGAUGACCGGUCCGCUCUCCCUGCUACUUGGAUAUUUGGCUAUGAUGGCAAUGGUGUGGAACAUCAUGAACAACCUUGGUGAAAUUGCUGUCUACCUUCCCCUGAAGGGCGCAACCAUUCCCUAUUUCGUUGAGCGUUUUGUCGAGCCCAGCCUUGCGUUUGCUGCAGGAUGGAAUUACUGGUAUGCAUACGCAAUUUUGGUGGCCGCCGAGGCUAGUGCAGGUUCCAUCAUAUUGGACUACUGGAAGACGGCCGUCCCUUCAGCGGUGUGGAUCGCCAUCAUCCUUGGUGUCAACCUUGGACUCAACAUCUUUGCAGUCAAGAUCUUCGGAGAGGCAGAAUUUUGGUUCGCUAGCAUCAAGCUUAUCACCAUCAUUGGCCUCAUCCUCACCGGCCUUGUGAUUAUGUGUGGAGGAGCCCCAGAUGGUGAAGCUAUCGGCUUCUGGUACUGGCAGAAGGAUGGGCCGAUGAAGGAGUAUCUUGUCUCAGGAGACACCGGCCGCUUCCUCGCCUUCUGGGCGGCGUUUGCCAAGGCAGGCUUCGCCUUCAUCACCUCGCCUGAGCUGAUUGCGCUCGCCGCGGGAGAGACGCAGGCACCACGAAGAAACAUCCCCAAGGCAGCCCGCCGGUUCAUUUGGCGACUGGCCAUCUUCUACGGGCUGGGCGCUUUCAUGAUCGGGACCAUCUGCCCCGCGGACGACCCGCGCCUGCUCAGCGACACGUCCAACGCCACAGCCAGCCCCUGGGUGAUCGGAAUCACCCUCAGGGGUAUCCCGGUGCUCAAUCACAUCAUCAACGCAGCUGUCCUUACGUCCGCGUGGUCCGCCGGCAACGCGUUCCUCUACUCGGGCUCACGAAUACUGUACAGUCUUGCGCUGAACGGGCAGGCGCCCAAGAUCUUCGCCAGGACGGGCAAGCUCAAAACACCCUUCAUGGCCAUCCUAGCCACCUGGGCCGUCGGGCUGCUCUCCUUCCUGAGCGUGAGCCGCACCAGCGCCGUGGUCUUCGACUGGUUCGUCAACAUAUCCACCAUCAGCGGCUUCAUCGCCUGGGUCGUUUGCAUAAUUACGUACAUCCGCUUCAGGAAGGCCAUGGUCUUCCGCGGCCUGCUGCACACGCUGCCGUACAAGACGCCACUCCAGCCCUAUGCGACCUACUUCGUGCUAUUUGUCCUGGUCGUCUUGACGCUCACCAACGGUUUCGCUGUCUUCUUCCCCAGCCAGUGGGACGUCGCUAGUUUCCUGGCUGCAUACAUCACCUUGCCUAUUUUCUUGGCUUUGUACGUUGGUCACAAGAUUUGGUUCAGGACGCCGUUCGCCAAGAAGACGGAAGAUAUCGACGUGAUCACAGGUGUGCGGGAGAUGGACGCCUUGGAGGCUGAGGAUGUUCCACCAGUCCCGAAGAACUGGCUGGAAAAGGCUUGGUUCUGGUUGGCAUAA